AUGGGUGUAGGAUAUGGAAUACAGCUAUGUUGGGAGAGGGGAUUGGGAUGGGAUGGACUGCGAUGCAAUGGGAUCAGGCAUGGGUUUAGGAUAUGGAAUACGGCUAUGGUGGGAGAGGGGAUUAUGAUGGGAUUCGAUGGGAUCAGGCGUGGGGGUAGGAUAUGGAAUACAGCUAUGGUGGGAGAGGGGAUUGGGAUGGGAUGGGCUGCGAAGCGAUGCGAUGGGAUCAGGCAUGGGUUUAGGAUAUGGAAUACAGCUAUGGUGGGAGAGGGGAUUAUGAUGCGAUGCAAUGGGAUCAGGCAUGGGUGUAGGAUAUGGAAUACGGCUAUGGUGGGAGAGGGGAUUAUGAUGGGAUUCGAUGGGAUCAGGCGUGGGGGUAGGAUAUGGAAUACAGCUAUGGUGGGAGAGGGGAUUGGGAUGGGAUGGGCUGCGAAGCGAUGCGAUGGGAUCAGGCAUGGGUUUAGGAUAUGGAAUACAGCUAUGGUGGGAGAGGGGAUUAUGAUGCGAUGCAAUGGGAUCAGGCAUGGGUGUAGGAUAUGGAAUACAGCUAUGGUGGGAGAGGGGAUUGGGAUGGGAUGGGAUGGGCUGCGAUGCGAUGCGAUGGGAUCAGGCAUGGGUUUAGGAUAUGGAAUAACAGCUAUGGUGGGAGAGGGGAUUAUGAUGCGAUGCGAUGGGAUCAGGCAUGGGUGUAGGAUAUGGAAUACAUCUAUGGUGGGAGAGGGGAUUAUGAUGCGAUGCGAUGGGAUCAGGCAUGGGUGUAGGAUAUGGAAUACAUCUAUGGUGGGAGAGGGGAUUAUGAUGGGAUUCGAUGGAAUCAGGCAUGGGUUUAGGAUAUGGAAUACAGCUAUGGUGGGAGAGGGGAUUAUGAUGGGAUUCGAUGGGAUCAGGCAUGGGUGUAGGAUAUGGAAUACAUCUAUGGUGGGAGAGGGGAUUGAGUUGGGAUUCGAUAGGAUCAGGCAUGGGUGUAGGAUAUGGAAUACAUCUAUGGUGGGAGAGGGGAUUGGGAUGGGAUGGGAUGCGAUGCGAUGCGAUGCGAUGGGAUUCGAUGGGAUCAGGCAUGGGUGUAGGAUAUGGAAUACAUCUAUGGUGGGAGAGGGGAUUGAGAUGGGAUUCGAUGGGAUCAGGCAUGGGUGUAGGAUAUGGAAUACAUCUAUGGUGGGAGAGGGGAUUAUAAUGGGAUUUGAUGGGAUCAGGCAUGGGUUUAGGAUAUGGAAUACAGCUAUGCUGAGAGAGGAGAUUAUGAUGGGAUUCGAUGGGAUCAGGCAUGGGUGUAGGAUAUGA